AUUGGUAUGACAAAGUGUUUGUGUGUAUAUACCCUUUUGGGAUUAUAAUAUUUCACCAAUUGUACAAUAAAUGCACACAUAACCCCCUCGCCACAAACCCAAACCAAUUUCAUUUGUCUUGUGACCCCUACAUUCUUCUCUCUACUCCCUUUGGUUUGUUUCCACUUGCAUUUUCAUGGCCAAAUUUUUGCACAUUUGCUCUAUUUUCAUUCUUUUACUUGUUCUUGAUGCUUCCACACAAACACUUUGUCAUACCAAAGGCUUAAGACCCAAAAGAAACCCAUGGAAGCAAUAUGGUGUAAAUUUGACACAAGUUCAAUACUCAGAACAACAAUUCAUGAAAUGGGUCAAUUUUGUUGGUACUUUAAAGCAUUCCCUUUUCUCCACAGCCAAAAACAAGCUUUUUCCUUCUUAUACACUCACCGUUGACCGGAAUCCGGCCACCGGAGACUUUACUUCCAUUCAAGAAGCUAUAGAUUCUCUACCCUUUGUGAAUCUUGUUAGAGUUGUCAUUAAAGUUCAUGCAGGAGUUUACAAGGAGAAGGUAAAUAUACCUCCAUUGAAAUCAUUCAUAACCAUAGAGGGUGCGGGUGCUGAGAAAACAAUUGUGCAAUGGGGUGACACGGCUCAAACCAUUGGUGCUAGAGGUCAACCCCUUGGCACAUAUGGGUCAGCCACUUUUGCGGUCAAUUCACCCUAUUUUAUUGCCAAGAAUAUUACAUUCCAGAACACGACACCGGUGCCAAAGCCAGGGGCGGUAGGGAAGCAAGCGGUGGCAUUUAGGAUAUCAGCGGACACUGCAGCGUUUGUCGGGUGCCGAUUUUUAGGUGCACAAGACACACUUUAUGAUCAAUUGGGUAGGCAUUACUACAAGGAGUGUUAUAUCGAAGGGUCCGUCGACUUCAUUUUUGGCAACGGUCUCUCUCUUUUCGAGGGUUGUCAAGUGCAUGCAAUAGCACCAGUAACAGGUGCAGUAACUGCACAAGGAAGAAGCAGCUUGUUAGAGGACACAGGCUUCUCUUUCUUAAGAUGUAAGGUCACCGGGUCCGGUGCACUGUACCUGGGUCGGGCAUGGGGCCCCUUCUCAAGAGUCGUGUUUGCUUACACAUACAUGGAUAAUAUUAUUAUCCCCAAAGGCUGGUACAAUUGGGGUGACCCUAAUCGUGAAAUGACUGUGUAUUAUGGGCAAUACAAGUGUAGUGGGCCAGGGGCAACAUUUGCAGGGAGAGUGUCAUGGUCAAGAGAACUCACUGAUGAAGAAGCCAAGCCUUUUCUUUCACUUAGCUUCAUUGAUGGUUCCGAAUGGAUCAAAUUGUAAUACUUUCGUCAUCGUCAUGGAUGUAUAUAUGAUCUUUUUUUAAAGUGAUAUCGGGGUUUGGAAGGUGAUUCAGGCAUCGAAUCCACGAUUUCUUAUGUGGGUUAUGAUGUUAGGUGUUGUACUUUAACACAUCUAAUGAUCGGGGUAGAAUUACAGAGUGGGUGAGUGUUUGAUUUAAAUAAAUGUUACGUGUUGAUCUGUAUAGGUUCUUUCGAGUGUUGUUUUUGUUUGAAACUUGCCACUUUGUGUAAAUUGAUUGAUUCUACCUUCGACGGCGAUAUACUUGAAGAAAAUCUUUUUACGUUUUUGAGAAA